CAUGUACGGACAGUAAGUACACCGCCAGCAUACAGUCGACUCUCUAUAGUUGGAUGGUGUUCACACAACGUCUCCGCCAGACGUUACUCCUCGCAUCUUGGGUGCCCGUGGUCUUUUUCGUUCAGGAUCACCUCUGCUGGGUAUGUCCAGUCAAUGGCAUAUCCAUGCGACCAACAUUCAAUCCAGAUACAAACCUUCUGUGGCGAGAUUGGGUGAUUCUUGAUAAGCUAGGUUUCAGAGACUUGAAAGCCUGGUGGGCCGGGCAUCCGGAGAGCUUGUUUAAAGUUGGUGAUGUUGUCGUCUUGCGGUCGCCUCUGGACCCAGGAAAGAUACUAACCAAGCGCAUUGUCGGUCUGGGUGGUGAUACUGUGGUUACACGGAAACCGUAUCCUAGCAGCUACGUCGAAAUACCACCUGGACAUGCCUGGCUAGAAGGAGACGAGCAAUUUCAUUCAACCGAUAGCAACACUUACGGGCCAGUGUCGUUAACACUCAUUGAGGCAAAGGUCAAAGGCAUAAUUUGGCCACGAUGGUCCGGCGUAUCCUCCGGAGGCAGAGAAGCAAGGGUAGACCCUCGCUUUAUUCACGACACUCAGCUCAAAACAUAA